CUAGGUUUGCUUUUCUCUAGGAGAAAACUAGCCCCAAAUUGCUUAAAAUUGAAUAAUUAAGAUAAAAAAUGUAUCUAAUUAAGCUCUUUCUUUUUAUUGUUCCUGUAGUUAUUGCUUCCAGAAUUGACCAAGACUAUUCAUCAUUUUAUUCUAUACCUCCAGAGCCAAAAUCAAGAUUUGCUAUGUUAGAUGAUGUAAAAAUUUUAGCCAAUGGCCUUCUUCAGUUAGGACAUGGUCUUAAAGACUUUGUCCAUAAGAAAGGCCAAAUUAAUGAUAUAUUUCAAAAACUCAACAUAUUUGAUCAGUCUUUUGGUGACCUAUCACAGCAAACCAACGAAAUUAAAGAAGAAGAAAAGGAACUUAGAAGAACUACAUCUAAACUGCAAGUCAAAAAUGAAGAAGUGAAGAAUAUGUCACUUGAAAUCAACUCAAAACUUGAAAGCCUCCUAGGAGAAAAAAUUCUACUUCAACAAAAAGUGAGAUAUUUGGAGGAGCAAUUAACCAAUUUAAUUAAAACUCAACCUGAAAUUCAAGAACACCCAGAAGUAACUUCACUUAAAACUUUUGUAGAACAGCAAGACAACAGCAUCAAAGACCUUCUCCAUACCGUGGAAGAACAAUAUAGACAAUUAAACCAACAGCACAGUCAAAUACAAGAAAUAGAAAAUCAGUUAAGAAGAACUGGUAUUCAAGAAUCCACAGAAAAUUCUCUUUCUUCUAAAUCAAGAGCACCAAGAACUACUCCCUCUCUUCACUUUAAUGAAACAAAAAAUGUAGAACAUGAUGACAUUCCUGUUGAUUGUACCACCAUUUAUAACAAAGGCGAACAUACAAGUGGCAUCUAUUCCAUUAAACCCAGCAACUCUCAAGUUUUUAAUGUCUACUGUGAUGUUAAAUCAGGUAGUUCAUGGACAUUAAUUCAACACCGAACAGACGGAUCACAAAAUUUCAAUGAAACUUGGGAAAACUACAAAUAUGGUUUUGGGAAUCUUGAUGGAGAAUUUUGGUUGGGUCUAAAGAAGAUAUAUUCCAUAGUAAAGCAAUCUGAUUACAUUUUACGAAUUGAGCUAGAAGACUGGGAAAACACCAAGCAUUAUGUUGAAUAUUCUUUUCACCUGGGAAAUUAUGAAACCAACUAUACGCUACACCUAACUGAAAUUACCGGCAAUGUCCCCAGUGCACUCCCAGAACACAAAGAUUUGAUGUUUUCUACUUGGGAUCACAAAGCAAAAGGACACUUCAAGUGUCCAGAAAGUGUUUCAGGAGGCUGGUGGUGGCACGAUGUGUGUGGGGAAAACAACCUAAAUGGUAAAUAUAACAAGCCAAGAGCAAAAACUAAGCUGGAAAGAAGAGGAAUAUCUUGGAAGUCUCAAAAUGGAAAGUUAUACUCUAUCAAGUCAACUAAAAUGUUGAUCCAUCCAGCAGAUUCAGAAAGCGCUGAAUGAACUAAGGCAAAUUAAAAAGCCAAUAAAUUAAACAUUAAAAUCAUCCCAAAUUA